ACCAGACGCGGGAGACUCUCUCUCUCUUCCCCCACUCUCCUCUUUCUCUCUCUUGUUUUUUUUUCUCGCUUAAAUUUUCUUUAAAAACAUUUCCGAAAUCGAAUACGAUGAUUUAGCUUAGCUUCCUCUCCCCCAUCUGCUAUAUUCACUGCGAUAACAAAGUCAAUCAAAACCCAUCUCUCAAAGUUUCCAUCUUUAUAUAUAUAUAUAUUAUUAUUAUUUAUGCGUACGGACACACAGUUUCUAUCUCCUCCGCCGCCGUCUUAAUCGCCGCCGUGAAAUGGGUGAGCCAAGAGACAGUCUCGCUCUCUCUAAUCUCCUUCUCUGCCACGAAUCCGAGUCUUGUCUGAACGAACAACAAGACGACGAUGAGACCAAGAUUGAGAGAUCUGAUGAGCAGCAGCAGAAACCUCACUGUCUCCCUCUCUCUGCAACGAUCGGUGACGACGACGAAGAUUACGUGGCGGAGCUAGUUCGCAAAGAGAAUCUUCGAUUCGAUGACAACAGCAAACCCACGAAAACGACGUCGUCGUCUCUUGACAGAUUGAUUGCAAUCGAUUGGAUUCUCACUACAAGAACUAGAUUCGGGUUCCAGCAUCAGACAGCAUACAUUGCAAUCUCGUACUUGGAUCUGUUUCUUCACAAGAGAUUCAUCGGUUUGCAGAAAGACGAAUCGUGGGCGAUUAGAUUGUUAUCAGUAGCGUCUUUAUCACUCGCUGCGAAGAUGGAGGAACGUAUCGUUCCUGGAUUGUCACAGUACCCACAAGAUCAAGACUUCGUUUUCAAACCCGAUGUGAUUCGCAAAACCGAGCUUUUGAUCUUAUCGACAUUGGAUUGGAAGAUGAGUCUGAUCACUCCUUUUCAUUACUUGAACUACUUUACUGCUAAAAUCUCUCCAACAGACCGUAACCGAUCUGUUUCCAAAGACCUUGUCUUGUUAAGAUCCUCUGAAUCUCUUCUCGCUCUUACCAAAGAGAUAAGUGUUACGGAUUAUCGACAGUUCGUUGUUGCUGCUGCUACUACAUUGUUGGCUUCUUCUACUUCUUCAUCGGAUAUUAGAUUGACGAGAGAAGAAAUGUCUAACAAGUUCGGAUCAGUCUCUUGGUGGACUUCUAACGAGAAUGACAAUGUAUAUUCAUGUUAUCAGAGAAUGCUAGAGAUUGAAGAGAGGAAACAUAUGACACCCCCGCCGGCGCUAGCGGUUCCUGGACCGGUGGUUGGUUCAGGAAGUGGCGCUAAACGUCGUCUGUCUUUUGAUGAUUCUGAUCAACCUUCUUCUCCUGCCAAGAGAAUGCGUAGGCUCUGAAGAGAGUUUUCCUAUUCUUCUUGGGAGUUUUUGGUUUAUAAAUUAUAUUGAAUUGGUAAUUUUUGCAACAUAUUGCUUCGUUUUUUUUUAUAAUUCAAUCAUUUGAUUAUAGAGAAAAAAAAUGGUCUGAAUACAAUGGUUAUUUCAGCUU